AUGCAGGACCACAAUAAUUGUAAAAAUAUAAGUAAUAAGUUACUUGACAUACACGGUGAGGGAAGCCAAAGAUCAAUUUUUGAAACCUUAAAUUCUAGAAACAGUUCACUCGAUAGCUCAAAUCAUGACUUUCAGUCAAAAUCAGUUAACCCAGAUUUAACAGACAUUUUAUUAGAUGAGAUUGAAAUGCUACUGGAAGAUGACUCAUUUAACUGCGAUACAGUUAGUAAACUUUUGAAGAAACAUAAUGCUAGCCACAAAUUACAAGCAAACAAGAAGCCUCAAGCUUCAAAGAGGACCAAUCUAAUUGAGAAUCAUUUUAAUGGAGACAGCUCAAAGUGUAGCAACAGUCCAGGAAAGAGAAUUUAUGUAAAUCCAGACACAGUGUUAGAUGAAAUUGAUUGUAUGAUAAAUAGUAGAUAUUUAGACGAAAAUGACGACCAAGAUAGUUUUGACAAUAGUAAACCUGACACUGUUGUUAAUAAUGAGGAACAAAACUAUAGUGAAGUAUUUGAUAGUAUAGAUAAGUUGAUUUGUGAUAAUAACACUGCUUCUGUAAUUUUGCGUAAGUAUCAGCACAAUAAAUUUAUGAAACAAAGGCAAAAGAAGCGGAAAUGUCGGAUCUGUGGGAAGCAGUUAGCUAAUCCAUCUAGUUAUCGAGUCCAUAUGAAUCUGCAUGCAAAAAAAAACAGGUUUAUUUGUGAACAAUGCGGCAACACCUACACAACACUUGUUGGUCUACAGUGCCACAAAUUAACAAAGCAUGGCACUGGACCAUACAUUCAGUGCUCCCAGUGUUCCUUCAAAGCAUCCAGGCGUUUUGAUAUGAUAGAACAUGAAAGGAUACAUACAGGGGAACGACCAUUCACAUGUGACAAGUGUGGGCUGACCUUUAGACGAAGAUAUAUUUACAAGAAUCACUUAAUAAAACAUACAGAGAAGAAAGUCCAAUGCAGUCAGUGUCCGAAGAAGUUUUUUAGAAGGGAAGAUAUGCUGGCUCAUUGUAACAGUAAUCAUAAGCGAUGUUAUAUGUUUAAAUGUAGUGAGUGUGAUACUUUGUAUGCUAAAAUUUCAACAGUUCGACGCCAUUUGAUAGAUAAACACGGGGUGCCCAGGGAGAUACAGCCUAAACUUGUUCGAGUCAUGAUGGCAGAUAUAGUGUGA